AUGUUUGACUUGUGCUCUAGUAAUGAUACACAGAAGACUCUCUGCCCCAUCUUGGAAGCUUAUGCUGCUGCAUGUCAAAAUGCCGGGAUCAAGAUAGGAGACUGGAGGAAUGUCACCUUCUGCCCCAUUUCCUGCCCACGGAAUAGCAAUUAUACUUCCUGUGGCUCAGCCUGCCCUGCCACCUGUGAGGAUCCAUUCAGUUCAAGACCCUGUGCCCUAGCUUGUGUGGAGACCUGCCAGUGUGAUCCGGAGUUUGUCCUGGAUGCUGACAGCUGUGUGCCCUUGUCCCAGUGUGGCUGCCCUCACAACGGCUCUCAUUACUACAGCAACCAGACCUUCUGGGCUGAUGAGGGAUGCACUGAACUGUGUGUUUGUGACCCCAAAACGCACCAGACACGCUGCCAUUUGGGUUCUUGUCUCCUCAAUGAAUACUGUAGUCUUCAACAUGGAGUCAGAAGCUGCGUGCCUCACCCCCUCCAGACAUGCAUGUACUCUGCUCAUCACAUCGUCACCUUUGACCAGCAUAACUUUGAAUUGCAUGGCACUUGUCGGUACCAGUUACUGGGCAUGUGUGCACAAAAACAAGGCCUCAGUGCCAUUCAGAUUCACAUACAGACAGAUGGACACUUAGAGUCAGCUCUUCAUCUCCUGCUCAAUGUGAGUGGUGUGCUUAUGGAGCUGAACAGCAAAAACCCCAAGAGCAUAAAGGUUGAUGGUGUCAAGAGGAACAUGCCCUAUCGCUUCAGCCCCACUGCAAUGGCCUUCUCUUUAGGGCUGCACACGUACAUCUACACACAAAUGGGCUUUGAAUUGAGUCUCAGCAUAGAAGGCAUCGUUAGCAUUAGUCUCUCUAGUAAAUAUGCUAAUGUAACUUGCGGCCUGUGUGGAAACUUUAACUCUGAUCCUACUGAUGACCUCACAGUAAAUGACACUCGGGAGCAUCUCAUUCCUGAGCACUUCGGAAAAGCUUGGAGAAGUGGGCAGAAUCCUGGGUGUGUGGAGGGCUGUCCAGGAGGAAGUUGUCCAAAAUGUUCAUCAGAGCGUCUGGCUCGCUUCUCUGACCCUGAGUCUUGUGGGAAGAUUCUGGAAGUUAAUGGACCAUUCAGACAGUGUCAUGGCAAAGUGGACCCCUCCAGCUUCUACAAGCGCUGUGUCAGUGACCUGUGUCUUCACGGAGGUCUCCAGCCUGCACUGUGUCACUCCCUAGCUGAGUAUGCUGCUGUCUGUCUUUCCCACAAUGCUACAGUUUCUGCCUGGAGGAGUCCUGGAUUCUGCUACCCAUCGUGCACCACUAGAACCAGCUACAACAUAAGUUCUGCCUCUGUUCACCUCUGCCUCGGCUGGCAGAAUAAAACAGUCGAGCUGCCUCUAAACAUGGCGGAGAACUGCCUGUGUGAGGCAGGUUUGGUUCACAGUGGCAGCCUGUGUGUCACUCCACAAAACUGUGGCUGCUUUCACCAUGGAGAAUACCUCACCGCAGGACAGGAGUGGUCUACAUGCAAGCAGAGCUGUUUAUGUCACCCCGGGGGACACAUGACAUGUCGUAAUGUCUCCUGUGGAGAGGAUGAGGAGUGUAAGCUUAUUAGGGGUGUUCAAGGUUGCCACCCAAAACCCAAAGUAGCACACUGCUCUGUUGAGGGAUCCCAAUACACCACGUUUGAUGGACAGGCAUUUGAAUUUCACGGUUCAUGUUACUACACCCUUGUGCAGACAUGCCUCAAUAAACUGGAUGUAGAGCCUAUUUUGAUAGCUGCAAUGGGUAACUAUAGUGAGGGAAGGCAGAUCUACUUGCAGGUCAAUAAAAUGCAACUAAGAACGUCAAAGGCUUUUCCUGGAAAAGUUGAGGUAAAUGGAGUUUACGAAGACCUGCCGUUCUCCCAGAACAACAUCACUGUACAUCAGAGAAAUGGCGGGAUAACCAUUAAGACCCCACAGUCCGUUGAGCUUAUGUCAAACCUACAAAACGACGUUCUGGUCAAGAUGCCUGACAUUUAUUACCAGACCACCUGUGGCCUUUGUGGAAACUACAACAAUGAUCCCUCGGAUGAUCUGCAGCUACCCAAUGGCACAGUGACCUCUGACCCUGACAUCGUUGGGCUGUCAUGGAAGUUGUUUAAUGCUGAGCUACCCUGCAGUGAAGAAUGUGGAAGUCCCUGUGAAUGCUGCCACUCCCCUAGGCCCGAGUACACCUCUGACCUGAACUGCGGGUUUCUCACCAAUCUAAGGGGACCAUUCGCCGCAUGUCACCAUUUAGUGUCCCCACUGAAAUACCACUCCCUGUGUUUGAAAAACGUAUGUAUUGCAGAAGGGCGACGCCGGGCCCUGUGUGAUGCACUGCGGGCCUAUGAGGCAGCAUGCAAGGAAGCAGGAGGGAGGGUUGACCUCUGGAUGAACAUGACAAACUGUGCUUCUCAAUGUCCUCAAUUCAGCCACUACAGCAACGCUACCAAUAUAUGCUCCUCACUGUGUCCUGAGAUCAGCCAGGCAGUGCUGUGCCCCAGAGACUGUGAGGAGGGUUGCCAGUGUGAUACUGGACACCUUUAUGAUGGCCACGCCUGUGUGCCAGAGGAGAAAUGUGGCUGCCUACAGGAUGGGAGUUGGUUUAAGUUCUCUGAGAGCAAACAGCUACAAAACUGGCAAAACCAAGAUCCGUGUGAAGGACUAUGUGAUAAAACUGAAAAAUGUUACCUGAGCAAUGGCGUGCCGGUCUGUGAGAGUCGUCCGGGUCUGUGCUGGGCCUGGGGAGGCAAGCACUACCAAACCUUUGAUGGGCUAACCUAUGACUUUGAGGGUACCUGUACCUAUCUGCUUGCAGGCAGCCAAGGAGCAACAUGCGACCUGACGCCCUUUAGUGUCUCCAAGAAAGACUCUAGUGGCAUCAUUGUACAUGCUUAUGGGACUAGUGUGGAGUUUGCACAGGCUUAUCAGCUCUUUGAUGGGGACCAAAAGUGUUGUACCGGCUGCAACCAGAAAGUGGAUCAUGAGAAGUUGCUUGCAGAUUCGGUUUCUGCCAAUGUCUGGAGGCCGUGUGAAGUGCUCAAAGAUCAGAAUGGUCCAUUUGCCCACUGUCACAGUCGAGUCAAUCCAAAUUCCUUCUACAAAAGUUGUGUAGAUGACCACAGGCACAACGGGCUGUCAGAAGUUUCUCUUGAGCAGGCAAUGUAUUCGUAUUCCUUAGUCUGUGAAGCAACCAGGGAGGACUACAACGAUGGCGUCACAGUUGAUGUGCAGUGUCCACCAAACAGCCACUACAAGACCUGUGGCUCGGCCUGCCCUCCAUCCUGUGAAUUUAAUGCCACUGUCUGUAUCAAGGCCUGCCUUCAGGGCUGCUUCUGUAACCCUGGUUUCAUUAGAAGUCAAAUUGGCUGUGUGCGCCCACAUCAGUGUGGCUGCACAGACUCCAGAGGCAAAUACCACAACCUUAAGUCAACGUUUUGGUCACCGGAAGACUGUGGUCAAAUCUGCAUAUGUGGACCGGCUAAUGGAGAGAUCCACUGUCGCCCAGCCCAGUGCCCCAGAGGAAUGGUCUGCAAGAAACUACAGCACAAGAGGCUGUGUCAACCCGAAACCCCCCAGAACUGUACCGUUGUUACUGGGCUGCAUUUUACAACAUUUGAUGGACGUCAUUUUGACUUUAGAGACAGCUGUGCAUAUUCUUUGGUUCAGACCAAAGCCAACCUAACUGGACUAACACCAUUCACUAUCACUAUCUCUGAUGCAAGUUGCCACAAAAGACUUUUUCAUAGCCUUGAUUUAACUCUCUCAAUUUAUGGUCUGGAGUUGGUGGUGAGAAAAGUUGACCCACAAAAGGUUAUGGUUGAUGGACAGUAUCAGGCCUUGCCAUACUCUCACCUCACAGGCCAUGUAAAUGCUUACCGCACCCCUUCGUCUAUCAUUAUUCACACUGAUGUUGGAUUGCAGCUGAUUGUCUACAAUACUGGCAUACUAAGGGUUAACCUCCCCAGCAGUUAUGGCUCUUCUGUCUCUGGUCUUUGUGGUAAUGCCAACACUGAUCCUCAUGAUGACCUAAUGAUGUCCAAUGAAGAGAUUGCACAAAAUCGCCUAGAGUUUGCCCACAGCUGGAGGUCUCCUGGAUCAGAGGCCUGCAAGUCCAACUGCUCCUCCAGACUGAAGCAUUGUCCUGCUGAGGCACAGAAGCUUUUUGAAGGAAGCGAUUUUUGUGGGGUGUUGUUAAAUGAGCUAGGGCCAUUUGGAGACUGUUCUUUAGUAUUAAGUCCAAAGCUUUACUUCCACAACUGUGUAACAGAUUCCUGCUCUUUUGAUGGACACUACUCUGCACUCUGCAAAUCCAUUGCAUCUUAUGCUACUGCCUGUCAAGUAGCGCAGCUGCCAGUCAGACAGUGGAGGAGUGACACUUUCUGUAGUAUGUCAUGCCCCAAGAAUAACCACUAUGAGCUGUGUGGACCUCGGUGUCCUGUUGUGUGCCUUGGACUGUCCUCCCCAGCAAACUGCAGCGGCGGUUGUGAGGAAGGCUGCCAGUGUGACCCGGGCUACGUCCUGAGUGACGGCCAGUGUGUGCCGGUUUCUGACUGUGGCUGUGUGCAUGAGGGACAGUAUCACACUACUGGCCACUUUAUUUCUGAGAAAAGCUGCCAAAAAUGUGACUGCCAAAGAGGUGUGGUGACCUGUAGCCCCAUGGAAAGCUGUUCAUUAAAGCAUGGCCUUGCUUUGAAGUAUGGGGUGUGCCAAGUGUUUGCUGGCUUUGGCUACAUCACUUUUGAUGGUGUUAUUCUGCCUCACCACGGAGCUUGCACAUAUGUCGUAUCUGCCCUCUCCUCUAAAGCCUUGCAGGACUAUUCUCUGCUUCUUAGCUUUACUAAGGAUAAAAAUGGCAUUUUCACUAUCAGCAAAGUAGUAUUUAAUUUGCAUUCAAUGGAAGUAUCUAUUGACCCUGAUACUCUUUGGAAAAUAAAAGUAAACGGAGAGGAAUGCAGAGUGCCUUUUGACAUUGGAGAACUUGAAGCCUACCAAGAUGGCAACAGACUGAUUAUCAUCACUCCGUCCGGGUUGGGGAUUGACUUGUCAUCUACCCAAUACCUAAUGUUAACUGUACCUCAAGUAAAUGACGCCACAUCUUCAGGCCUCUGUGGGAACUUCAAUGGAGACAAGUAUGAUGACUUGAAGCUGAGAAAUGGCAGUUUUGCUGAGAGCUUCGCAGAGCUCCUGCACAGCUGGGCAGCUCCUGGGCAGCUUUGCACAGACACUUGUGGCAGAGAGUGCGAUGACUGCAGGCUUUCCCCACAGGCCGGCAUGGUCUGCGAUAUCCUGUUGCUCAAUACAACUGAAUUCCACCAGUGCCGGGACGGUGAUGUGGAGCGUGACAGUUACACACUUAUGUGCAUCAGGGCAGUUUGCGCUGGAGCAGGGCACAUGGCCGCAUGUCUAGCACUAGAAGCAUAUUCUGCAGCCUGCCAGGCUAACGGAAUAGCAGUAGGAUCGUGGAGAGUGAACACUCCUUGCGCUCUCCAGUGUCCUGACCGCAGCAGCUCAAAGGAGUGUGUUGACUCCAGCUCCAACUCAUGCCCUGCUGUGCUGCAGCCUGGUUCUUCAGCAGCGGGCUGUUCAGAAGGCUGUGAAUGCAACAAUGGAAAUCUCUUUGAUGGGAAGGAGUGUGUGCCUUACAGCCAGUGUGGAUGUGUUCAUCAUGAUGUAUAUAUCAAGAUGGAUGAGCAAUUGUACAAUGAGGACUGCACCCAGAGAUGCUGGUGCCACCCUUUGGGAGGAGUAAUAUGUGAUGAGGCAGGCUGCAGUGUAGGGCAGCAAUGUGCUUUGAGGAACGGUACCUGGGGCUGUAAUGACAGAUCUGAAGUUUGUGAGCUCAGGGGCAGCCUCCAAGUCUCCACACUCGGUGGGCAGCAGCUGAGCUUGGACCCUCUGUCAUCUUACAGUCUGAUGUCUCUCUGUGACAAAGCCAGUGUGCACUGGUUCAGCCUGAUCUCUUACCAUGGGCCUUGUGAUGGCAGCUCCUCCAGACUUGUCACUGUGUUUCAAUUCUUCCUGCAUGGAACAUCAUUUACCAUACAGGAAGGCAUAGUGAAGGUGAAUGGACGUUUCGUGAGCCUCCCUCACACCUUGCCAUCAGGGGUGUCCCUGUCAUCUGGAGUGAACCAGGACAAGUCGGAGGUUAUAGUGAUCCUAAGAAAAGAUGCUGGGAUGGAGUCCGAGCUUGAGAUAGAGAUUGGUGUUACCAUGGUGACAGUCAAGGUCCCUCUCUGGUACUCGGGCAAAUUGUGUGGUCUCUGUGGAAGCCUUAAUGAACUCCACUCCCACAAUUCUGUCAGGUCAUGGGUUCUAGCAGACUUUCCUGGCUGUGGCUUCACUGGAUGAUGACGGACAGCUGUAAUGUCCUGAGCUGUAUUUUGUUGAAUGUGUUUAAUAAAAAAAAAAAAAGACAAACUGCUAUGAAGUGUGUCAUUUAAACUUUGAAGGAAGACAUGCCCUUCUCAUAUGUUUGUACGCGAUAUUGGCACAACCCUUAUCUGAAAGGCCCAUGCACCAUUUUUAAAUAAGGUCAUCUCUGGCCAACGUCGAUUAGCUUCCACUAAUACAAAAAAAGCAAUGAAGGCACACCUUUUUAUCUAAAUCCCUAGUAUGUACAGUUACUAAGCCAGGCUUACUGUUGCCCUACCAAAGGGCUUCUGAUAAAAUGAGCACUCAUUAAAUAUUUGAGGUUACUUUUAAAUGUAAUCUAAAGCAAACUUUUUUUGAGAAUCAAAUUAUAUUUACUUUCUCUCAAUCACUAAUGAUUGCAGAACCCUUUUCUAUGUACUGUUGUUCUUGGGUGACACUAAACCAACAGAAACCACCCAUUAGGCUCAACUACUGCCACUCUGCAAAAUAUCAGUUUAUUUAGAUUUGGUCGAUCAGUUCCAUGGGAUUAUGCAGCCAUUUUUCAGGCAUUACAAGGGACGUGUCUUUGUUUACAAGCCUGAACUGGCUUAACGACACAAUAUAAACACUGGCAGAAACUGUGCUGUGCAUUGUGAAGGCCUUUAUAAGCUAUCAAUGUGAUGCACAAUAGCUGAUAACACAUGACAUACACACUUUGGUACUUGGGUUGCAGAAGAGCAUUAAAAGAAAAUGUAUAUGAAGCAUUUUCUAAAGUGUAAUUUACACCA